UAUUUUUGAUUUUUCAAGUUCACUAACUAGCUCAGGUUAUUUGCCAUUUAUGCUUCUAAUAUUCCAGGUUGCCAAUAUCUAUGCCAUCCUGCAAUAUUCAUUUUUUAUGUUUAUAUAUUCCUUAUUCGUUUCCGUUGCCGUAGCCUGUUUCGUCUUCAUUUUCCAGUUUUUGCUUAGUUUUUUGCGAAUUUGUCUUCCAUUUUCUCUAUUCAUUAUCCACUAUUAGUUUUUGAUAGCCCAUUUUAGUGUGUUUACCCUUCUUUCUUUCCUCGUUUGCUUUGUUCUUAUUUUCCGUUGUAUGUCUCGUUCAGUUUUAGUUAAAUCAUCAUUCAUAUAUGUUCUUUCCUUUAAUUCUUUAAGUCUGCGCUUAUUUUUCAUUAUUUUCACUUUAUCGUCCAUGCUAUUAAGUUCUACUAAGCAUACUUUUUCUGAUAGUUUUCUGGCUCCAUUGACUCUGUUUUAUUUCUUCAUAUAUCUGUUCCACAUUCUUCCUUUUGCUUUUUUUAAAAAUUUCUUCCGCAACAUCCCUUUUCUUUUUCUCUUCAUCAGUAGUGUAAUCAUCCGAGUCUGUAAUACUAUUCAUCUUAAGCUUAUUUGUUGUAUUUCAACCGAUAUGCGUUGUUUAUUCGAUUUAAUCUCAUAUAAGGCUUGCUAGGAAAUUUCAGGGUCGCGAUAAUGCUUGAAUCUACCUCAACGGUUCGGAGAUAUCAGGUAUUUUCCAAUCCCUGAAAACCAGACUCUCUUCUAAGUCCGGCAACACCGCAUAGAAUUCCAACAGCAAUUGA